AUGGCUAUCAGCAAGAACAACCCAAUUGUCAAGAACCACUUCAGAAAGCACUGGCAGGAGCGGGUCCGCGUCCACCUUGACCAGGCUGGCAAGAAGCAGAGCAGAAGAACUGCUCGCGCCAAGAAGGCUGCUCUCGUUGCCCCUCGUCCCGUGGACCUUUUGAGACCCACUGUUCGUGCUCCCACUGUUAAGUACAACCGCAAGGUUCGUGCUGGCCGUGGUUUCACCCGCGAGGAGCUCAAGGCUGCUGGCAUUGUUUACGCUCAGGCCCUGACGAUUGGCAUUGCUGUCGAUCCCCGCCGCCAGAACAAGUCUGUUGAGGCUUUUGAGUUGAACGUCAACAAGCUCAAGGAGUACAAGUCCAAGCUUAUUCUUUUGCCCCGCAACGCUGCUAAGCCCAAGGCUGGUGAGGCCACUCCUGAGGAGUUUGCUGCUGCCAAGCAGGUUGCUUCCUCCAACGCUGUCUUCCCUGUCGUCCAGGCCACUCCUGAGUCUGCUCCCCGUGCCGUUUCUGGUACUGAGGAGGCCUUCCUUACCCUUAGAAAGGCCCGCAGUGAUGCUAAGUUCGCUGGCAUCAGAGCCAAGAAGGCCCGGGAGGCUGCUGAGGCCGAGGCUGAGAAGAAGAAAUAA